GGAAGUACUGCUUUAGUUUCUUACUAGACCCAAGGUUAGACACUCGCACAGAUAUUUUGGCUGUGACUUUGUUCAUCUUUAUGCUGUUGGAGCUAAUACCUACAAGUGUUGUCGGAAAAGGAAACACAUUUUGGUAUAAUCAGGAUUAAAACAAUACAAACAAAUGGACAAUAUCGACUGGGGGUCGGCUGUAGAUGAUGAGUUGACAAAUGCUGCAGGAUUCCACGAGCAAACGUGGUCAGACCCCACCACUACUAAGUGGUCUAAUGGCUUUAGCUCGACUGCGGUUGACGAGAUCGACACAUUUGCCGGCGGAGAUGGACUCAACGUUCCUCACACAACCUGGAAGGGUCGGAUACACGAGGAACAAGGCAUUCAGACUGAAGACUGGACCACAGACAGAGAGGUGAACACAGAGCCAAACUGGGAGUCGUUGAUGCAAGCUGUGAAGGACUGCAGCUCUGUCCUGGCCAGACACUACGAGGAGCUCCAGAAGCAGUAUAAAGAGGCGGAGGCCGAGCACAGCAGCCAAGUAGACGGCUUGAAGCAGAAGAACGAAGAGAGCAAACGGCAGCAGCAGGCCGUUUUGGACAAGAUCGAAUCGGUGCACGUGAAGCUGCAGCUGAACUGCAGCAAGACGACCCGCAAGAACUUUGCCGUCAAGAAGCAGGAGCUUAAUGCGGAGAGAAGCAGAAUGGAGGAGGAGAAGAGCAGACUGACCCAGGAGUUGGAGGAGACCAACAAGAAACUGAGCCUCCUUACAGAAGAACAAGGCGAGGAGAAGCAGACCUGGGCGCGGGAGCUGUCCGAGCUCAACACGGAGAUGGGGCGCCUCCACAGAGAGGCCGAGGAGGCCGGCCUCGCUGCCCUGAGGGACGAGAUGGCUGCCUUGGAGGUGUAUAGGGACAUGUCCCUGUCACAAGUGAACGACUGGUUGAAGGAAGCCAGGCAAUACACUGACACCAUCCGGAUGGAUCCGUCCAAGCAGCACGAGAGGCUGAGGUGGGAGCAGAUCCAAGCGGAGGUGCACGGCAGUCUCGUGGGCCUCCAGAACCAGUUCAAGGAUCAUCUUCAGCUGCUGCAAAGUGGCCACAAGUUAGAGAGCCUUCUCACGGUCAACCUGCCGGACCUUCCCCACAUCCCUACGGUGGAACUGGUAAUCAGUCAGAUGGUCUUGUCACCCAGACUCCCUGUGCAGCAUUUCCAGAUGGGACCCCCCAUGACGAUGCCCUUCGCCCCCCAGCACCUUCCAUCCUUCCCAGCCCCUGCCAGGGUGACCCCUCCACUCGCCCCGUCCCCAUCCCCCUCUCAUUCCCCUGGCGCCAGCCUCCCAGCGGUGCCCCCUCCCUCCCAGCCCUCUGCCCAGCCCCCCCCGCCCAGUAACCCCCCACCCGCCGGCAAACUGGACAAGCUGCUGGAGAAACUGGGGGCCAGGUUUCCACUCUGCACCAGGGCCCAGCUCAUGUCUGUGUUGCAGCACAUCAAGGUGUCCCGAGGCACCAUGGCCGGCAUGUCCAUGGAGGAGGUCACCCAGCAGGUGGCGCUGAGGCUGGAACAGAACGAGCGAGCGCUCCAGGGACCCACCGGGCCUCCUUUCGCAGCCAGGGGCUUUCCUGGCCCGCCAACCCCAAUCCAACGCCCCCCAGGCCCCAUCCAGAGACCCAUGGCCCCUCAGCAAAGACCCGCGGUAGCGCAAGUCUUCAACACCAGGCCGCCUCAGCCUGCGUCUCACAGCAGUCGUAAACUGUGUCUCAUGUGCCAAAACCAAGUGGAGGCGGUCAAUCAGCACAUCAUGAGCUGCAAUCACACCGUACACAAGGAGUGCAUCAGUGUGUGGCUGCAGUCCAGCAAAAACAACUCCUGCCCCUUCUGCCCAGCUAAAUGAAACGGCCCUUGAAAGAAAGAGAGAAAUGAAACAUUCCCUUUAUUGACUGUUGAAUAAAGACAACUUUGAUUUAAGUUUGACGUUUGAUCCCGAAGGUCUAUACACUGGUUCAAAGGGAUUUUACUUACUUGAGAUAAGCUUGUUUUUGCGUCUUUUUUUUUGUGACAUCCUUUACAUUGUGAGCUUUACAUGUUUAUAUUAAAAUCUACACAAUGUGGUGUGUUCAUUUGAGUUGCAUACAAAUUGAUUUUUUUUUAUCAUUUCAUUUUCCUUCCAGAUGGAGGAAUUGUACUGAUAACUAGACAGGGUGCAAUGUCUGGUGAAAUUGUGAAGUGUGCUUGCGGCCACUGCAACAACUGAGGAAGUUUGUUUCACUAUAUUACCUCCAAACCUAUUCAGUUAAUGUCAAAUGUCCAUAAUGUGCAAAUCUGUUUCAUAUCUAUAUUGAAAUCUUAUCUUCUAUCUUAAUUGAUCAGUCCCAUAAGGCAGAAAUGAUAUGCUACAUUAAAAUGUAACUUUAAAAACUUUACUUUACACUGCACUUUAAAGAUGUAGCAAAAGAAUGCUCAGAACACUUUAAAGAUGUUUUCAACAUAUUCAGUGUGACGAGACGAAAGCUUUCAUCCAAAAGCAACUUGGAGGAUGUGAACCCCAAACCUCAUGAUCUGCAGCCAAACACUCUAACCACUGAGCUGUCCUGUGCCUUCCUGAAUCCCAGAUCUGGACAGUCACACUUCCUCAUAAUCACCCACUUAUUUGUGAAACCACAUC